AUGGAUAUAGAUCAUUCUGUAAUUCAUAUGUAUGAACAAUUGAUGAAUAAUAAUUCAAAUAAAACUUUACAAUCAACAUCAAAUACAUCAGUCGCACAAAGUUUAAACAAUUCUACAUCAUGUAAUAAUGAUCACAACAAUGUUGAUGUUAAUAAAAAUACUUUCGAAAGUAAUAAUAAUACAAAUAAUCAACUUUCUCAAUGUAAUGAAAAUCAUGAAUCAACUGAAGAUUUUAUCGAAAUAUUAAACAUACAAACAAACAAUGAACCAAAACUAAUAAAAAUUAAUCAAAUUAAUACCGAUAUUGAUUUUCCAUGGAAAUUACAAGCAAUUAUUAGCUGUACACAUCCAAAACGAACAUAUAUUAAUUCAAAUGGCGAAGGUGAAAUAUCAACAUGGGAUUUAGUCGAUGAUACAGCUGCAAUUAAUCUUGUAGCUUUUAAUUUGGAUUCGUAUAUAUUACCGAAUAAAUUAUUUGAAGGAAAAUCAUAUGAAUUUAAUGGUUUAUCAAUCAAAACAGUUGAUAGUAUUUAUAAAAAAUUACCUCAUGAUUAUCAAUUAAUUGUAAAUAAAACAACUAAAAUACGUGAAAUUACAAUGGCAUACAAACAUCAUUUGACGUAUAAUUUUACUCAUUUAAAUGAAAUUGAAAAUUUACCGUUGAAUUCAAUAAUUGCUGUUAACGUCAAGGUUUUAAAAGAUUAUGGAACAACUACAGGAAGCGAAAAAAGUCCAACAAGUAUGAUUAACAAAGAAUUAAAACUAAAAAAUAUUAAAAUUGAUUGGUUUAAUGGUUCACGUACACUUGUUGGUAUGCCCAAUACGUAUAUGUCCAUUGUUUGA